GUGCUGGAGAUUAUUAUGAACGAGAAGCCACCCAACAGUGCCAGUCUUUUUCUAAACGAGGACGCCGACAAGCCCCAGCUGCCUGACAAAGGUGACCUGAGGAGGCGCCUGCACCGAGCCAUGGAGAGGAGAGCCAGCAUCAUGAAGGAGAGACUCGGAUCCAUCAGCAAGCACAGCCUCAAAGCUUUCCUCAGGAGGAACCUGUUUGUUCUGUUCACCGUCGCCUCCGUAGCUCUGGGUGUAAUCCUGGGCUUUGCUUUACGCCCCUACAACCUGUCCCUGAGGGAGAUCAAACACUUUGCUUUCCCCGGAGAGCUCCUGAUGCGGAUGUUGAAGAUGCUGGUGCUGCCUCUCAUUGUCUCCAGUCUGGUCACAG